AUGAGUGACGAAGACGUCCUUGGGUGGGUUGCAGGCAGCAAUGGUUGGGGAAAAUUCAACAACGGACCCAUGAAUGCCCCAAUAAUUGAUCCAUUGCAAGGAGAUUUUCCAGAAGUAAUAGAGGAGUAUUUGCAACAUGGGCUUAUGAAAUGUAUUGCUUUUAAUCGCCGUGGCACGCUGCUUGCUGCUGGAUGCACUGAUGGAAGUUGCGUUAUUUGGGACUUUGAGACCAGGGGAAUUGCAAAAGAGCUCCGGGAUAAAGACUGUGUUGCAGCCAUAACAAGUGUCUGCUGGUCAAAGUAUGGUCAUCGUAUUCUCGUGUCUGCUGCUGACAAAUCACUAACACUUUGGGAUGUCGUCAGUGGAGAGAAGAUUACACGCAUUACUCUUCAACAAACCCCACUACUAGCGCGGCUGCAUCCUGGUUCCUCUUCUUCAUCACUCUGCCUAGCAUGCCCACUUUCAUCUGCUCCCAUGAUUGUUGAUUUAAGCACAGGAAACACCACUGUGCUUCCAGUUACAGUACCUGAAGUGGACAACGGAGUUGUCCCUCCAUCACGUAACAAAUCCUCAGAUGGCCUCCCUUUCACUCCAACUGCUGCAUGCUUUAACAAAUCUGGGGAUCUGGUUUAUGUGGGAAACUCCAAAGGAGAAAUACUUAUAAUAGAUCACAAAAGUAUUCAAGUACAUGCCAUGGUUCCCACUUCUGGCAGUGCUGUGAUCAAGAACAUAGUCUUCAGCAGAAAUGGGCAGUAUCUUCUUACAAAUUCAAAUGACCGGACAAUCAGGAUAUAUGAAAAUCUUCUUCCCCUAAAAGAUGGUUUUACGGCUCUAGAGGACAUGAACAAGACUGUUGAUGAGGUAGCUGGGGUUGAGAAGAUGAAGGCUGUUGGAUCAAAGUGCUUAGCACUUUUCCGGGAGUUCCAGGAUACUAUCACCAAAGUGCACUGGAAAGCACCUUGUUUCAGUGGUGAUGGGGAAUGGGUAAUUGGUGGUUCUGCGAGCAAGGGAGAGCACAAGAUCUACAUAUGGGAUAGGGCUGGACAUCUUGUAAAAAUCCUUGAAGGUCCAAAAGAGGCGUUGAUUGAUUUAGCAUGGCAUCCUGUUCACCCCAUUAUUAUAUCUGUCUCCUUGACUGGCUUGGUUUAUAUUUGGGCUAAGGACCAUACUGAGAACUGGAGUGCAUUCGCUCCAGACUUCAAAGAGCUAGAGGAAAAUGAAGAGUAUGUGGAACGCGAAGAUGAAUUUGAUCUGAUACCUGAAACUGAAAAGGUAAAAGAAUCAGAUAUUAAUGAAGAUGACGAAGUUGAUAUUGUAACAGUGGAGAAAGAUAAUUUCAGUGAUUCAGAUUUGUCUCAAGAAGAACUGUGUUUCUUGCCAGCUACCCCUUGUCCGGACGUUUCUGAGCAACAAGACAAGUGUAUGGGAAGUUCUUCGAAGUUGAUGGAUUCUAAUAAUUCUGGAUCUCCUCUUUCUGAAGAAGCUGGACAGAAUGGCCAAGCGACGAACCAUGCAUCAAGUCCUCUUGAAGAGGACACGGGAGGGACACGCAUGAAGAGAAAACGGAAACCUUCAGAAAAGGGGUUGGAGUUGCAGGCGGGGAGGGUCAGGAAACCCUUGAAACCAUUGAAAUCUUCUGGUAGAUUGUCAAAAUUAAGAAGUAAACCUGUUACUGAUCUGGAUAAUGGUAAUGGAAUAUAUGGGGAUGAUAUUUCUGACUGA